UAUUUUUUAAACUGGGAUUUCAAAACGAGCGCGUUUUUUCUUCGUUUUUCUUUAUACAAUAGCUACAACUUAUGUGUCUAACAUGAACUUUACUGUAGAGGAGAUCAUCACAAAACUAAAGUUCAAUGAUGAGGACUCAAGUGCGACGCGGACACGUUACGAGCGGCUGUUGCGUGAUCAUCCUCUGUGUGCAUAUGUUUACGUUUUCUUCGCGGAAUUUGAGUUGAGUCAAGGAAAUCGUGAGGGGAGUAUUAAGAUGUUGAAGACGGGCGUACGCAAAAAAGCUCAACCGUUUGGACUUAUGCGAGCCGCUCAAGACAACAUAUGGAACAGCCGUCCUGUUCUAGAUGACAGUCUACUGGCAACAAUACGAAACACCAGCAGUAGCAGUUCAGAUUCCUCAUCGAUGCACAAUACACAACCAACAACCAUCACUAAGUCAUUACAAACGGUUUGCAAAGAUGAUAGUGAAGUCGUGUCUGCUGCAGAGAAAGGAGAGGAAAAUGUAGAUGGCACUGGGUGGCAGUUGAAUUAUUACGAGGAGGGUAGACUGCAGUCUAUGGAAACUCAAAGUUCUGAUAAUGCCAUUCCUAUUGAGACGCCUUCACAUCAUCCUUCUAACAACAUUGAUACGAACACCGUCUCUUACCAGGAUCCUUUGUCCGAGCGUGUCACGCAAAUGCUACAAGAGAAACGAUCUCACGAAUGCUCUAGUGGAGUAAAGGCCAGCAGAAAACCAAGACGACGACGUCACCGUGGAACUCAACCACCUGCGUUGUAUGUGCCAGUAAAAUCACUAAAUGCACAUGAAGACAACAAACAUGACAAAGACGCCUUAACAAACGCCGACAAUAACUCCUUGCCGGGUUGGGUUUACACACCAAGUAGUCACGUGACACGCAGUUUAACAAGGCACAUGGACACACACAAGAGCAACACUGUAUGUGGGAUGAUGAGCCCUGAACUUCCCGUAGUGAGGAACCUACCAGCAAGGUCUGUGUCAGCGAUCAAGAUGGCUGCAUUGGAUAAGAAAGAAACGACGUGUAGUGACCACAAGCAGCCGUCUUGUCAGUCACUUUCAAUGCAAACGAAGACAACCGACACGUUUCUCAAAAUGCAACCGCCUGGGCAACGAGUUGCCAUAGAGACAUGUGAAAAUCAGGACGAAAGGUGGAAGGAGGUGGUGAUGCCGCGGGGGCAUGAAUUGUCAAUGAAGAAGGAAAAUCAAGAAUCAGGAAAUCGGAUUUGUAUUAAUAGGAAUUGGUAUGAAAAGGUUGGAGUGUUGGGUUCGGGAGCAUCGAGUCGGGUUUUUAGUGCCGUUGCUCUCAACAGCAUCACUCAUGAUCCAGUUGCUAUAAAAUGUGUAGAUCUCAGUGUUGUUUCUGACAAGGCAGUUAGAGAUACGUUCAUGCAGGAAAUUGCCGUACUGGAGGAAUUGAACAAGGGAGGCUGCAAGCAUAUUAUCAAACUACAUGAAUGGGAGUAUCGUGAACACAACAUGAUGCUGUAUAUUGUUAUGGAAAAGGGUGACAAGGAUUUGAGUUGUUUGAUCAAGGAGACAGGAGCUUUGCCAUUGUGGAAAGUGCAAGCAUUUUGGAGCAACAUGCUUGAAGCCGUCCAGGCUAUUCACAGAUUCAAGAUAAUUCACAGUGAUCUAAAGCCAGCGAACUUCAUUGUCUUCAACGGCUACUCACUCAAGCUGAUUGACUUCGGUAUUGCUGAUAAGAUCGAGAACGAGAGAACAAGCAUCCAACGUGAUCUAGAGAAGGGCACACCAAACUACAUGGCACCAGAGGCAAUUAGAGCCGGCUGCAAUGCACAAGGGGUCAUGAAGGUCGGUCCUUCCAGUGACAUUUGGUCUCUGGGUUGUAUUCUCUACUCAAUGCUCUACGGUCACGCGCCAUUCAGCCACAUCAGACAGAUGAAACUGAUGGCAAUCACCGACAACAGCGUCCAGAUAGACUUCCCACCUUUAUCUAUACCCGACAGCCAGAAUGCAAUAGACAUGCUCAAGAGAUGUCUACAGAGGAAUCCCAAACAGAGAGCGACAGUUGAAGAGUUGCUUAAUCAUCCGUGGCUUGUGGGCACUCAAGCGGUUGAGUUGUCUACAGCAAAGAGACCAGCGAUGGUGUCAAUUGAGAAGCCUCCUGUAGCCAAUCACAACCAUCUAGUUCAUGAUCAGCAACAAGAUUUGAGAGAGAUUAACAGCCAUGCUAUCCGUAUAGCUCGAGCAGGUUUGAAGCCUCUUGCUGUGUCACAGAACAAGAAAUACAUGAAAAUACAACAAGCAGAACUAAAGGAAAACAUGGGACUCGGGACGUUGCUGAAAAAUGGAUUGAAGGAAAAGUAUAAAAACGCCAUGGACAGCAUAACAGAGACAUCCGAACAAUCGUCAUGGAGUCUCUCAUGAUGUCAUUGCCUCUAAGUUGUAAGUAACCAAACAUGCAAACAGCAUAUGUACAGCAAGUAAAAUCGACCGACAUUAAUUGUUCUGUUGCGUUGGGUUGAGACAGUAACAUAUAUAGC